CUACUUGUGACUUGGGGUGACGAGGAGAGAAAUGCGGACUUGGGACGAGAAGGAACUAGGAAGCGGGUAUUGCGUGAGCGUGAGGUGUACGGAAAGGGGAGAAGAAAGAGAGAAGAUUGGUGGAAAGAAAGGAGAAUGGUGGUUGAGUGGAAGAAAGGAGUGGAAGUGGCGAGAAACAGAUUGACGGGAGGGAGUACCUCCUACUGAGACGGAGCCGGCGGAGAAAAUUGCAGAAUUCAGGAGGAAGAGUAAGCAAGCGUUCUUUCAGUUGUGUCACUCAGUUUCUGACAGUAUUGCCGUCAAUUUGGACCCGUUUAAGCGUGAGGUGAAUUCUGCGGAGAAGGCCUGGGCAUGUUUGGAGAGCAUAGAGCAUGACGCAGUUAGUGGACAAGCUGCAGUCGAUUGAGGCGAUGAAGAUAGCGAGCAAGGGGAAGACGGAAGCUGCAUAUGGCGGGCAGGAGAAGCCGGGGAUGCACAUGACAAACAGGUCAGACUGGCUGGAGAAUGUGAGGGAGUCGAGUGAGAAGUUCAUACUGCUGGGAGAUAGCACAAAGGUACCCGUCACUGGAGAAGGUGACGUCCUACUGCGUAGCAGGUUCGGGGAACUGAAGCUGAAAGGAGUACUGCUGGUGAAGGACCUAUCCAUGAAUCUGAUUAGUCAGUCAUAGAUGGAUGCAUUGGGGUGUAAGGUGCUCAACGACCGGGGCAAGGUUACAGUAUUUGGUCCAACGUGGGAAGUAGUUGCAGACGGGAAACUGAAGCGGGGUUUCUACGAGAUGGAUUUUAUGCCGAAGCUGUUAGUAACGGAUGGGUAUGAGGAGGACAACAUAA